AUGGCUUUUUCUCUCAGAUCGAACCAAGGGCAUGCAAGGACAUUAAUUUUGACAGGCUUACCAGCGUGCAACACCAGAGUUGUACUAUCUACUAAUUCCUUUCCAGCCACUAGUGUGUUGCCAACGUCAGUAGAAUACAGAGUAUACAACCCACCAAUACAAGACUUGUUGGAAGCAGACUGCCCACCAGUACAAAAUGUCUUUGAAGCAGACUGCCCGCAAGCACUAACAAAUCAAGUGGAGAUCAGUUUACAACCAGUGGUUGACAGAAGCCACAGUGGCAGAGGUUCAUACAGUGCACUUACUGAUGAUGAUUUGAGGUCUGUAAUGCAAGAGCAGAACAGACUGCUGUCACAAAUUUUGGAGCAACAGAAGAUAACCAAUGAUCUGUUAAUGGCCUCCAUGACAUUAAAGAACUGAAAGAUGGUUCUUUGUAUUCUAUGUGAUUAAUGAUGAACUCCAUUUCAAACCUUGUGAACUGUGAUAUUUUUAUUCAAAAAAAUUAAUUUUAGUUAUAAAAAGAUUUUUGCCGUAUAUUACUAGAUCUAUAUUAGGGGCUUAUUGUCAUUACACUGUUAAGGAGCCCAGUUAACAGACUUUUUCAACGUACAUUGCAUACAUUGAUAUUUACUAUAGAACAGAACAUUCCACGUGCGCUGAUACUGUUAGUCAACAUUAUAGGUAAUGAACAAAUUACUAAAUCUUGCAUUCUAACGAUAUUAUGACUUUCUUUAUACGGGUGAUAUACCACUAAGAUAUGCUGCUUUUUAUUAAUAAGCGUAGCAUUUUAACACAGGCGUGUUUUUUUUUUUUGGUUUACUUUCCAGAAUUUCACUCAUUCGUAGAACUUUAUUGCGCAAGAUCUAUAUAUCCCUUUCAGAAAAAGGAAACUGAAGCCUUAGGAAUUUUAGUAUUUGUUGCUAUAUUGCAAUAUAUUAAGAUUAUUAUUGGCACUCGGAAAAAAAAAACAAAAAAACAAUACAAUUCCCACUGGGGUCCAUUACGGGAAUACAAUGUAUGGAGAUUUUUUGAACUUCGUCAAAUCGUUCAUAGGGUCCAUUUUGACGUUGU